AUGCCGCGCCCGGCGGGAAGGCACCGGCGGGCCGCCGCUUCCGCUUCCGGGCCGGCAUUUUCCCCGCGGCCCGGGCGGGAAAUGGCGGCGCCGCCGGGCGCGGGCCCGGGGGAGGCGGGCUCGGCGCGGCGGGACCCGCGGGUGCGCUGCUGCUCGCGGCGCGGGCUGGGCGCCGUGCUGGAGCUGUGCGCGCCCUUCGUGCGGGCCCUGGCGCACGGACAGCCCGGCGGGGCCGCCGCCGAGGCCGACGCGCUGUGGAACUUCGAGACAGCGGUGCGGGAGAACGUCACCAUCAACGGGCAGGCCUGGGAGGAGGCCUCGGAGGAGUCCCAGCUGCAGAGCGUUUCCAAUAUUAAAAUUCUGGAGGAUCAAUUUGAUGAAUUAAUAGUAGAGACAGCAACUAGGCGUAAACAGUGGCCUAAAAAGAUCCUGGUGCAUGCUAUCCAAGCCAUGAAAGCAGAGCAAGAGAUGUUGAAGCUUUACCAGCCUGUGGUAAAACCAGCAGAGAUAAAACCUCAGCCUUCGCAAGAUGCUUACAUUGCAGAUCUGAAACAGGCAGCAGAAGUGGCAGCCAAACAGAUCAGCGAAGCAAUGCAGUCUAUUCCAGCACUCAUAGAAAAAGCAGAAGGUUUUUCCCAAGCAUUAACUUUGCAACCAACCUUGGAACUCUGCAAGCUGCGGCAAGAAGUCUUUUCUGGUUGCAAGGCGAAGGAGGAAAAUAAUGUCCAAACUUUAGUACCACCAGGAGAGAUCACACCAACAGGAACUGUUUGCAGUAAAAGUCCCUAUGUUUUGCUGAAAAGAAGAAAAGCUACAGAUUCCCCCGAGAGAAAGCGCUACCCACUGCGGCGGAGGAAGAUCACUCUCAGUACAUGAAUUUCUCCUUUUGUGUUUUCACGUCGGAAUCUCAGCUGUACUUUUGUUCCAUGUGUUCCAUCUUUUUUCUUAGAACUCAUCUCCCCUCAGUACUAUACAUGGGAGCUUCUUUAAUUAGGCUUUGACCUCUUGAAUAUUUCUGCUUUUGCUGUCAUGCUGAUGGUAUAUGAAAGCCUAUGUGUACCAGUAGCAUCCAAUAUCCAGCAAGCAUAUUUGCCAUUUAAUUCAUUUUUGGCUCUUAUAUUGCUGUUUUUAGCUUGAGUCCUUCUGCUUCUCAGAGUUCAUGUGCAUGCUUUAUGUAUGUGGGCAGUCUUUUAGGAAACCAUUAACUGCUCAUUUACAUUCAGCAUGUCGCUAAAGAGGUUGGAGAAUGUCUAGUUCUUUUAAUGCACUUUCAUUAAUUACUGAGGCAGGUGGCUUUUAUUUUAAUUAAUUAAUUGACACUGCAGCAUAUUGAAAUCACCAGAUUUGAUGCAAUGAGUUUUAAGGAAGUUCAUGUACAUAUGUGACAUUAGUCCCUGCUCUUCUACCUUUCCUGAAUGUAGGUCAUCUAGGCUUAUUUAUAGUCAUGUUUGUUGAAACUUGGAAUUUUAAUAAUUGUAUGCAUUUACUUGCAGUGUGCUCUUAGGAACAGGAAUUCAACCAUCAAUAUCUUAGGGUCUGAUAUUUCAUUUCACGUAAUCCAAUUAUGCAGCCUGGGGUUUUCCUGGACAGUAUUUCUACCCAUGAAAGGAUCUUGACUUGGGUUGUGUUUGCAUUUGUGUUGACUAAACUUUAAAGAUCAGUACAGGCUACCAGUAAAUGGUAUUCACUUGAGCUAGCUUACUUUUGUUUUCUUUACUCAUUAGUACCUAGAAGAUUGCAAAUGAGUACUAAAUUGAGCAUUGUGCCUUAACCAUUUAUAACUUUCUCUAGUUUAUGGUUGCAUGUGCCUGCAGUAAAUACUCCUGUCUAGUAUAUAACAUAUUUCUUACACCGUAAAUGGAGAGGGUUUUAGAAGCUUUAUUAAUGACAUGUUUGGUGCUAAGAAGACAGGUCCAACCUAAUGUCUAAGAGACUGAGUAUUCUCAAGAAAACAGAUUUUAGCAUCAUUUAUUUUGCAUAAGUGAGCAUCUGUACUGAGACUUUGUAUAUGUAAUCAUAUGUAAAUAUUUUUCCUGUCCUUGUAUAUACAAAUGUGUGUUUUUAUAUGAAGUAAAUUAAAUCAAUUAAGGAAGAUCAAAGCUUCAGA